UAUUCAUAGAAAAGUAUAUAAGUCGUUUUCAAAACCAAUUUUACACAGUUUUCAGUCGAAAAUGUUGGCCAAGACACAUCUUAUAUUAUUUUUGCUUCUGUUGGGAAAUAUCCUUGUUUUUGGGUGUCUUAUCACAAACUGCCCUAGAGGGGGGGAAAACGCAAUGGAAAUUUUAAAAUGCUGGAACCAAAUGUUAAACAAUGCAUAUCUUGCGGACCAGGUCAGAUGGGGCAAUGCUUCGGCCCCAACAUAUGCUGUGGACCUUUUGGCUGUCUAAUGGGAACCCCCGAAACGCUAAGAUGUAGGCGGGAAGGGUUUUUCCAGGACAGGGAACCUUGCAUAGCUGGGAUAUCGUUUUGCCGAAAAAAUACUGGAAGAUGUGCUAGUGAAGGAGUGUGCUGCAAUCAAGAUUCUUGUUUUUCCGACAGAAACUGCAACUUUGAAGACAAAAAAAUGCCGGAAAAUAUCAUGGGGAUGGAACUGUACAACAUCAUGAAUUACCAGAACGAACUUUCCGUGGAAAAAUAAAAGAAAUUUUACCGAGUUGUUACGAAAAAAUAUGUCAAUGAAGCUUUUUGAAAUAAAUCUUAUUAUUA